CGGAUCCUCCUCCCCCCUCUUCCCAUCCAGAUCCUACAUUUCCGCCGUCUGCCUUUGCCUUUCGUUUCUCCCUUUUUUUGGAUCGUUUGCUGUUGGACUUUUGUUUCUUGUUGCUGAUACGGCGCGGCGCCCACCUAUCUCCCUGCCUGAGCACCAAUCUGUUGUUUACUUCUCAUCCAUAUGACCUCACUGCAUUUUUCAAUCUGCUUCUUCCUCCCGCCCUUCGCAUCCAGCCAACGUUGCGACCGAUCUCCUGUGCCCUCCUCCCCACAUGAUACGGAGGGACAUUUAUUUGCCGAUCAUCCGUCUCUGUCGUUCCCUCCACUCCCACCGACGGACGGCACUCGUUAUCCAUCAAAACGGUCGAUCUUCUCCCGCUGUGUAAUUUUUCAUCCUUGGAAAAGGCUCUAUAGAUAGAGAGGGCUUGGCUGCAGUCGGCUGUCCCCACAGAG